AGGUCCGCGUCAUGAGGAGCCUGCCGUUCUUCUGCCGCGGUCAGGUGGUGCGCGGCUUCGGCCGCGGCUCCAAGCAGCUGGGCAUCCCCACAGCCAAAUUUCCUGAACAAGUAGUAGACAAUCUUCCAGCUGAUGUGUCCACUGGCAUUUAUUACGGUUGGGCCAGUGUUGGGAGUGGAGAUGUCCAUAAAAUGGCGGUGAGCAUAGGAUGGAACCCAUACUACAAGAAUGUGAAAAAGUCCAUGGAAACCCACAUCAUACAUACCUUCAAAGAGGACUUCUAUGGAGAAAUUCUCAAAGUAGCCAUUGUUGGCUACCUCAGACCAGAAAAGAACUUUGAUUCUUUAGAGUCACUCAUUUCAGCGAUUCAAGGUGAUAUUGAAGAAGCUAAAAAGCAACUGGAUUUACCAGAACAUUUGAAACUCAAAGAUGACAAUUUCUUCAAAGUUUCUAGAGGCAAAAUUAUGAAUGGCCACUGAUGAAACUGUCCACUCACUGUGGUGUCUCUAGCCUGUGAUACAGUCUCACCUUCAUCAUAGUUUAAAUCGAACCUUUGUCUGUAGCAAGUGUUCUUCAGCUAUUAGCUCCAUCAUGUUCUGUAGUACUAAAAGAUUCAUUCAAAAAUCAAGACUUUUUAAAUGUAAUAUGUUGAUUACAAUGUAGCACUAGAAAGCUAGUGUCUUGUAGCGGAAAUAAAGUCUGAGUGUCACUGGGGGAGUGAA